UUUAUUGUUUUAGUCCAUAUCAUCAGAGGAUUCUAUAAAUUCUGCUAAUAUAAACAAGUACCUCGAGCCACCAAAAAAAGAAAACAAACCUUGGUGGGAUGUUGAUGAUGACGACGAUGAUGACCAACCAGGUCUGGGAGCUAGUCGUAGCUUCUUGAAGAAGAAGACUUCAGAAAAUGGAGGUAAAGAAAGCAAGAAACCUGAUGCCAAAGCUGCCCCUAAGGCAAAAGCUAGGAAAGAUGUUAAAGCUCGUGGAAAACCUGAGGUUUCUAUAAGUAAAGACAGUUUAGAUGAUAUUUCAGAAAGAUCUGAAGAAGACCAUGGACAUGUUUAUAGACCAAGAGUUCAUAUACCAGAGGACAGUAUGGACAGUAUCAAUACAGAAGAUUUGCUCAAUGAACGUGACUCAGGAAACAAACUUGGUAUGGACACUCUUGAUGAAAUGGCAGAUAAAGAGAAGUUCUUCAGGGAUCUUGAGAAGAAUGCUGAUGGUACAAUAGACUAUGGAAGGUUAAAUCGUGACCUCAGUGCUACAGCUAACACAAUGUCACCAGAGGGCGCUGCUAGGACGGCAGCAACAUUGGCCGCACUACAGGACAUGGAGGACGAAGUGGAAGAUGUGCCACCACGUCCCGAGACCGGCCAUGAAAUACAAUCAGAACGGGAACAUUCUGAGCAAAAACCAAGCAUGUUGUCUAAAGUUUCCCUAAUGGAUUCUUUGGAAUCUACCAUGAACACAACAACUUCCCCUCAGGUGGGGAAGGGUACAAUGAGAGAUGUGCUGGAGGAGGAUGAGGAUCAACAUGUAGACAACUUCAGACCAAGUCAUAGUGGCCCUGAAACUCUUAAAACUGUUACAGGUAUGAUAGGUACAAACACGAGUCAGGAGAUCGAGGCACUCCACAAUGCACUAGAGAAACUUGGACUCUCCGCUACCAUAGGUAAUGACAGCAUGCUGGAUCUGUCCUCGCAGGGAGACAAAGGGACCGAGGAUCUUGUCAAGAAGCUACUGAGUACCACUGAUGGAAAACAAAGAAAUGUGGCUGAGAUAAUGAAAGAGUUAGAAGAUUUACAGAUUAAAGCUGGCCGUGAUGACCAAUCCUCACCAGAUUCCAGAAAGAGUCCAAAAGUUAUUGAAAGACAGAAACAUGUAGACAUAGAUGCAGAGGAACUUCGGGGUUUCAACCUCUCACCUGCCCGACCCUUCCCAGUGGAGCAGGACUACUCACAGCGGGGUGAUAGUUCCCAUCGUGGUGAUAGCUCACAUAGGGGAGGUGAUAGCUCAAUGAAGGGAGGGUUUGAUACCUCCCAUACUGAAGAUACUGAGAUGUAUAGGCCCGUGAUAGAAGUGGUAAAUAUUUACUUCAUAUUUUUGAAAAUCUUUUUCUUCUUUGAGAAACUGAUAUUUGGAAAAAGUGAUCAUGAAUUAGUUGUGAAGUGCACA